CCUGGAUAUUUAACAUAAAAUAACUCAUUUAUCUUAAUCUAUUUUAUUUUACUAUUUGCAGCAUUUGGCCUCCAUAUCAGGUAAAUAUUGCAUAUUUUCCAUAUCUUCCAUCUUAAAAUUUAUUGCAUGAUUUAUUUUAAAAAUUUCCUGGAUAUUUAACAUAAAAUAACUUAUUUAUCUUAAUCCAGACGUUGUAUUGACUAUUUUCAGCAUUUGUUCUCCAUAUCAGGUCAGUAAAUAUCACUUGAUCACAUAUUGAUCGGUCUAUUUCACACAGGACGAUAAAUAAAUAAAUAUAUUACACACACUCUGCUGGUUUCUCCCUGUUACCAUAGCAACACCGGCGUAUUUACACCAACAUGCAGUCCUGACUGUCGCAAACAGCCUCAGCGGAUAGCUGUGUGUGUGUGAACGUUUGAUCCCCAGAUUCCUCCGGUCAGACCUCAAACUGGGACCAGAGAAACCAGUAUGAGUGUUUGACAGCAGCAGAAACAGAACGCACACUCUCUUACGUACAGUGAUAUUUUAUUAAUGUUAUUAAUCACGCGGGAUCCUGUGGUGGGAAAUAAAGACAAAAGGAAAAUAAAGAGAAAUGUUGUUUUUCUGGAUCAAACUCAGUCCGAGUCUGAUCCGGUUCUGCAGAGACCGACGUCCUGGAGCGCCGACUGUGUUUUACAGUCUGUCUGCAUUGCGUCGAAACCCCCCUCCUCUCCUCUUUCUCACUCACUCACUCACUCUCUACUAACCCCUCCCUCCCUCCCUCCCUCCUUCCUUCCUUCCUUCACUCACUUCUUCUUCUUUUCCCUCUCUACGUGAAAUCCUGCAAUAUGCUUCCAAUUUACCGGACACUCAUCCUCCGUCUCCUGGAUCCUGCACCGGGUUCCCUCUGAAAGAGAAAAAGAGAAAACGCCUCUCCCUCCUCUUUCUCUCUCCCUCUCUCUCUCUUUUUGAAUUUUUUUACCGCAGCAAAAAGCAGACAGAGCUUCUUUCUGCUGAUGCUGCAGUGUCCAGUCCUCCCAGUUCUCCUCCCGUCACACUGGCAGCUCUGAUGCGGCUUUCUUUCUGACAUUUCUCCUUCGCCGUCCUCCAGCAUGAUUUUAACACAUUGUCACUCAGGAUUUGUGCAGCCGAGCCGCGGUUCAACGCCGUCUGAAGCCUCCUCUUCCUCCUCCUCUUCCUCCCGCUGCUGCUGCCGCUGCUGCUGCGGGCUGCUCCGAUCGACGCUGAAAACCUACACUAAGAGGAUACGGAUGUUAACCAAGACAACAUAGUCUAUUAAUUUUUCAGAUACGCUGUAAAACGAGAUCAGUAUUAAAGCCAAGUUGGGGAAGGUGCGCAGGGGUGAGGACGUUACUUCCAUCUGCUGCACCUAAACUCUGAACAGGUACGUUUUUUCAUCUGCAUUUCCAUAUUUCACAGAUCAGUUCAGCUUAUUCUGUUCAUGUAGAUGUGUCAGAUAUCUGUCCGGCUGCAUAAUAGUUCAUGUAUGAGGUGAAACUAUUUGUCCUGAUGUGCGCAGAGAGGAAGCGCAGCAGGACUGCAAACUUGAAUACUGAUGUAUGCGGCACAGGCUGGAGUACAGUACUGCAUGAUGUUUUUCUGUCGUGCCUGAGCAGAUAGACUCGUCACUCCCGAUUCUGAUUCCUCCUCCCGCAGGUGAAGGACGAAGCUUUGCUGAGAGGAAGAUGUCCAGCUCGGAGAAGAUGAUGGUGCCGAUGAUGGAGAGGGAGGCUCUGCGCAGCUCCUGGCCUCACUAGAGGCGCCUUCGCUCCGUCCUGCUCCUCCUCACCUUCACGCCGCCUCCUCUUCCUGCCCCCCAACAGCCAGGAAGGAUGACCGUGGUGUCCACAGAGAACAUGGAUGAGACCUCCACCCUGCCGGGGCACCCGCAGGACCCCUACCCGCCCGACGACGACCACGAUGAUCAUGACUGCUGUGAGCGGGUGGUCAUCAACAUCUCGGGGUUGCGGUUUGAGACCCAGCUGAAGACUCUCGCUCAGUUCCCCGAGACUCUCCUCGGGAACCCAAAGAAGAGGAUGCGCUACUUCGACCCUUUACGAAACGAGUAUUUCUUUGAUCGGAAUCGCCCGAGUUUUGACGCCAUCUUGUAUUAUUACCAAUCAGGGGGGAGGCUAAGAAGGCCGGUGAAUGUGCCGCUGGAUAUGUUCUCGGAGGAGAUUAAGUUCUACGAACUCGGGGUGGAAGCCAUGGAGAAGUUUCGUGAGGAUGAGGGUUUCAUCCGGGAGGAGGAGCGGCCCCUCCCGGACAAUGAAUUCCAGCGUCAGAUCUGGCUCCUCUUUGAGCAUCCUGAGAGCUCAGGGCCCGCCCGGGGGAUCGCCAUUGUCUCAGUGAUGGUUAUUCUCAUUUCAAUUGUCAUAUUUUGUUUAGAGACUCUACCAGAACUGAAGGAGGACCCCAACGACCGAAUACGGAUAGUGGGGAACACCACUGUGUAUUACAAACCAAACGUCCUCACAGACCCUUUCUUCGUGGUGGAGACUCUCUGCAUCAUCUGGUUCUCCUUUGAGUUGAUCGUUCGGUUUUUCGCUUGUCCCAGCAAGGCGGCCUUCUUUAAAAACAUGAUGAACUCCAUCGAUAUCGUGGCUAUAAUCCCGUACUUCAUCACGCUUGGAACGGAGCUGGCUGACGACCAAGAAAACAAGGAGGGGAAGGGAGGAGGCGAACAGGCCACGUCUUUGGCCAUUCUCAGGGUGAUCCGUCUGGUGAGGGUGUUCAGGAUCUUUAAACUGUCCCGACAUUCAAAGGGACUCCAGAUUUUGGGACAGACUCUGAAAGCGAGUAUGCGGGAGCUGGGCUUGCUCAUAUUCUUCCUCUUCAUUGGUGUAAUUUUGUUCUCCAGUGCUGUCUACUUCGCCGAGGCCGAGGAGAAGGGAUCGUACUUCACGAGCAUCCCUGAUGCUUUCUGGUGGGCCGUGGUGUCCAUGACAACUGUCGGCUACGGGGACAUGUACCCCGUGACCAUCGGAGGGAAGAUCGUUGGCUCUUUGUGCGCCAUCGCUGGAGUGCUAACCAUCGCACUUCCUGUUCCUGUCAUUGUGUCCAAUUUUAACUACUUCUACCACCGGGAGACGGAGGGCGAGGAGCAGGCACAGCUGCUCAACGUCAGCAAUCAGAACUUGGCGUCAGAGACCAACUCGAGCCGCCGCAGCUCCUCGGUGGUCAGCAAGUCGGAGUACAUGGAGAUAGACGAGGACCUGAACAACAGCAUCGAUAACUUUAGGGAAGCUAACCUUAGGACUGCCAACUGCACGGCGCCGAGCCAGAACUGUGUGAACAAGGGGAAACUGCUCACCGACGUGUGAGGCGGCGUCCGAGACACCGGUGUAAAUAUUGUAGAAAUAAUAUGGAUGCUUUAUCUCCAUUGGUGCAUUUUAUUCUUCUUUUGCAUUCAUUCAAACACGUGUGAAGACUUGAAGAGUUCGACUCACACAAGGUUAAUUUAUUAAAAGAUAGCGGCUCAGUUUAUUUCACGAAAACAACAACGAUGGAGUUGUUCGGCAAUAGUUCAAAGAUCAGAAGGUGUCAGGGAACUUUUUGAUAAAUUAUACAGUUAUAUUAGAAACCUGUACCGUUUACUCAUUUAUAUUAAAGUGCUAAACAUACUGUGCACAUACAGAUUAGUAUUCACUGAAAGGAUCUUGCAUACCAAGCUAAAAGAAAAUCUGUUCCAAGAUACUGUUGAGUUGCAUUAGGUAUUCGCCCCAAACUAGAGACUGUCUGGUCUCCCAACUUCUACCUAAAGUACCUAAAUUUGACCAAAAUUUGUAGAUGUACUUGGCUUUGUUGGUGUUUAAGGUCUGGGAAGUAAGGGCAAACUCUUUUCAAGAUCUCACAAAAGCAAGAAAAAAAGCGGAGAUGUCGUCAAAUCGCCUGAUGUUAAAAUCACGGGAACCAGAGUUUUGUUUCCAAACCUGAGACCACAGUCGGGUGUUUUUGACCCUCAUCUCUAACAUUUGGUUCUCCUCCAAAAGAUUACACAUUUACCCUCCUGGAUCUUGUUUGACAGGGAUGCAAAAGCACCUGUAAGCUCAUGGCUUAUAUUUGUCUUUGAUCAAAAUUGACAGUCCUUUACCGAACACGAUUGCGCAGAAGUCUUACAGAAGUUGAAACUCAGUUGCAUCAGCAGGAACUGAAGGAACCUGUGUGUUUUUGAAGUUUGCUUCAAACUGGAGACAGAAGUUGGCGUGUUUAGUCUCAGUUGCGCCAGAUUUGCUCAUAUUUCCUUGAAGCUAAGCGCAAAAUUGACGGCGUGCUCCUUUAAUAUCUGAAACGUCUUUUCUUUAUGAAAGUUGGCAGAGACGCAGCAGUACAGCUCAGGUUAAGGCUGUUUGAGAACAACUCUUUGCUGUCUUUGCUGUCUCUGAAAUGUUAUUUAUAGAGUCACAGCUGAUCUCGGAUGAACUGAAAUGACGCAUCCUGCAGAGAAAAUAUCGUUCUGGAGGUGUGUGGAGAUAAAAUUAUCAAAGGAAGCAAAAAGAAAGAUUUGUGUGUUUGGUUGGAUACAGACAUUUUAAAGAUUCAAAGAAACACAGGUUCAGACACUGUUCAGUUUUUCACACGAUAGUUUAUCAAAAGUCUCCCGACACUUACCAGGAUCUUUGUGCAAUAGACUCAACUUUCAGAAUAAAAGAAAAUGAAAAACAAAAAAGCCCGACUGAGAUUUGACGAGCAUGUUGGAGGUCGACUUCCUCACCUGAAGAACACAUUUCUGAGUGGAUUACAGUUGGGAGUUUUUCGGAGGCACAUCCAGGGACAUUUUGGGAAAACUCAACAGCUAGAUCGACUUUUUUUUUUUUUUUUUUUUCUCGAGGCACCUUAUCAGAAACAAACAGGAAGUGUGCCGAGCCUUGUGGAGGAUUAUCUGCACUGCUGCUGCUGCUGCUACAGGUCGGCUGGAGGUUCCCUGUAUGAUGCCAUGCAACACUCCUUUAUACAGAAGCAUGUGGAGACGCUCUUCUCUCUUAUAUCGGCAUGCACAAGACGUUACCUCAUUUUUAGUUUGACUUUUUUUUUUUUGUUCUUCUUUGGCCCUCAUCCUCUCCUCUGAGGAGACUGUCCCUCAUUCGUUUUCACCAAAAGUGCACUGGCUAUUUAUUAUGGUUUCAGUUCUUUUCAAGCAUUUAAGUGUUGAAUGUUAAAAGCAUUAAGGGAACAGGAACACUUCUUUUUCGAAGAUCAUGGCAUGUCAAAAAUACUAAAAGCAUUAUGGCCUAAUUAGCUAUGGUAUAGCUAUGUAUACUCAAUGCAUGACUACAGUAUUAAAUUGCUUGCAGCCGUGGAGGGACCUCGGGAGCUGGGGGAUGAUGAUGAUGAUGAUGAUUUUCCUCAUUAUUGUCGAGCUAACGACAGGAUACGUUGCAUGACGGAGCAAACUGCCAGAGGGGACAAAUCUGCUGGAAAAAAACAAAAACAAUGAAGAAAAAAAAAAAAAAGAAAAUCAGAAGAGACAAAUCUGAUGAUGAUCUCUGAAAAAAUGACAUUUCAGAAAAUAACACCUUUCUUAUUUAUUCAAGGCGGUGAUAUUUGACGACGGAGUGCAUGGGAUCAUUUUAUGUGAUUUGUGACCCCGUUUUUAUUUCUUGCAUUUGUCUUUUAAAAACCGUUUCAAAGAAGGGAAAAAGUAAUAUUUAAAAAAAAUUCAUAGAUAUAUCUAAAAAUUAGUUUCUAGUGCCUUGAACCCCGACUCAUUCUAGAAUUGACUAAAGUGCCUCCCGUUAUGAUAGACGUGCAGCUUAUCUCCUCCUGCCAUAAAGAUGCACUACUCCCUGCACACCUGGAAAAAAAAAAAAGAGGUUUAUCGUCUAACAAGUUCAGAUAAAGACAUGAAUAUAUUCCUCGUUCUGGGGCCAGAUCUUUGGGCCUUCAUGAACUCGUACCUGUCCUGGUAAAUGACACACAGCUGCGGUGCAAAACAUGGACUUUUUUAGUGGAAACUGUUGAGAAUCUUUGUGAAGUCAACCAUUUUGAAGUACAGCUUUGUCAUUGGGAGAGGCAAUUGUUGGAAGUCAAGUUUUUGUACCUGUUCUGACAGAAAAUGUGUCUCAAUUCAGGGGGAGCAAUUCCUGGGAAGGACCCGACUUUGGUCUGGUCUGUGACUGACAUACUGUAAACCCUAAAAAAAUGCUAUACAACUUGCCAUUGUGGUGUUAACUGAGCUCGAACUUAAUAACUUGACCUUGAAUCUAAAAGACGAAUCAUGGUUUCCGAACCCUCUACGGUUUUAACGCUCGUACUGCCAGCUCAGAUUGAGUUCAAACCAACGACUUGCAUUGGAAGCGUGUUACUCUGCCAUGUCCUCUGAUUGGGGCACAUUGCACUUUAGGGUAUGUCUGGUCAUGAAGGUCGCUCUGGAUGUGGUCUUUGUAGUCUAUUUGUUGGAUGCAUUUGGAGGACAGCUAUCAGUCUUGAAAUGUAGCCCCUGAAUUCAGACACAGAUGAAAUUAGUCAACCAGAUUAGAUUUCCUAGUGUGAACCUAAAGGUUGACGCAUGAAUUAGCCCUCAUGAUUAGCUUCUUUAGCUCAUUUCAGGCAGAUUUCUACUAAUUCCUUUUUUUUUUUUUUUUCUGGCAAAUUUGGAAGGCAAGUUGUUUAAACGAGUCCAAAAUUAGACUCAAAUUGUCAAACUUAUCACUUAUCAAUAACCUUUGCCAUGAAAAUGUAAAAAAAGACUGUCUUUGAUAGAACAUCAUCAAUGAGUUGAUCCAACACCAGCCCUUGGAGGCCAAUAUGAGGCGAUACAAACAUCUACGAGGAAAAACAGAUCUUUAAGCUGAUGGUCUUGUCUGCUAGCUAAUGUGAUCAUUUUAAAUAUUUAGAGUAUCUAUCCACAGUUUCAUUAUCUUCUUCUUCAUCAUGAUAGUCUUGAGCUAUUUAUCUGAAACUGACUUGGAGGGGCUUAUUUGCUAAUCCUGGAGGCUAAUUAUGGUGUUUAUUUACGUUGUGGCUUAUGCUGCGUUCAAGUUACCUCGGAAGUCAAAAGUCGGAGCUGAAAAUGACGUCACACCUGAGUUACCAGUUCAGUCACCAAAUCGGAGGCAGAAGCAAGAUGGCUACAUCUGCGAAAGUUAUCUUAGCACUUGCCUUGUCCGAAUAUAAGGCUAAAAUAAACUAAAAUAACUUAAGUUGAUGUAGCCAUCUUGUUUCCGCCUCCGAUUUUGCUUUUUUCCAACUUGGUAACUGAAACACUGGUAACUCGGUGUGACGUCAUUUUCAGCUCCGACAUCUGACUUUCGAGGUAACUCAAACGCAGGAUUAGAAACAAGUUCUAAGCAUGACGCUGUUAGAACUUUAGUUUAUUUGAAACUUUCGAAUCAUCAAUACAAAUGGGCUAAACCAUGAGAAUAAAUCUAAGACUUUAACUACCCUAAAAAGAAAAAAAGAUAGUAAUCAUAAUCGGCAGAUAACAGGUUUGGUGGCUGGAGAAAGGAUGGUGUUGAUUCGUCAUAAGGCUCAUUAUUUUUCAUUAUCUUCAAUAUAAAGAUUGGAUAUAAAAUAAAUUAAUAAAUCACAAAGUGAUUUAUUCUUACAGGGCUGUAGCAAGAUAUUUCACGGGUACUAAACUUUCAAAGAGGCCUAAAAUCUAAAGUUUUACGUAGUUUUGACUUCACUGCCAUCAAUCGUAGCUACGGUCCCGACUGUUGCGUUAAAUUCCAGAUGCACUCUUGUUGCUGCAGAGUCAGCAGCUCCUGUGCUUCUUCUCUGAACUGCCGUCACCAGAGGAGCUGGUUCUCGGUGAAAUCAGCCGAACAGCGUCCUCUGGCUGCAAAAACACUGCCACCGCUCUCCGAUACUCUGGACCAAAAUCUCCUGCUGAGAAAAGACCUGCCGCUGUUUAUUUUCUUCUUUUAUUGAAAAUCUGGAAAGUAAUGAGCCGUUCACGUCCACUGCCUUUCCUCUGAUGUUGAACUACGAGUCACUCUGUGGCUGGUCUCCAAGCCUGUGUAGCCUCUGGACAAUAUUAAUGCAGCGUUAUCUCAUUUUGAUGAGGGCUUACAUUGUCCAACAUAUCCUCAGCGUUAAUUAUAAAGAAAUUAGGGAGGAAAUAUCUGUUUCCAGAGCCUGUGAGAGCUCAUCUGUGGAUGCUGCUGCAGAGAGAUAAUGAAUGUGACCACAGUCUGUGUUUUUUCUCUCCGCAGAGCAGCGUUCAGCUCAACAUUACCACAGGCAUUAGUCACUCUGCAUGCCAGUAAAAUGGCUGCUGCUGCUGCUGCUGCUGUGUUGUUGUGAGAGGACUGAGCACAUGGCUGUCCGUGCCGCAUGUUUUCAGGACGAUGCGAUGUUAAACGACAACAUGAGGAGUGAUUAAUGACAGUGGAGGGGACGGUGGGAGCGACAAGAAAAGUGCUGACUCAGCCUGUUCCCAUGAAACAUGCACCAUGAACAGCUUAUGUGCACAUAGAUCGUGCACAUACUUUUGGUUUUGUUUGAGUCAUGGUUUCAGAUGACUGACGGGUUAAUGUUGCAUAUCUUAAAGCACCAGGAUAUACCUGAUAUCUCCUGAUGCUUUGAAACCGGGAGAAGACACCAGGCCAGAUCUGUGAAACUUGACAAUUUAACGCUCAAGUCAGACUCCACAAACUUUUUGUCUGUUACCAUGGUCACUGUGUCUGAUUAGGAGACAGCAGGGCCAGAAAAUGGUGCCUCGACUUGACCAACAGACAUGCCAGACUCAUCAACUGUACUCAAAGGUAGAGAGGUUGUAUAAGAGGAGACCGUAGACACUUUGAGACAUAGAUGUUGUCUUAGUUGCAUCACCUGUUGUCUCUGAAGUCGAGAUUUGAAGCCUUUUAGCAGUGAAUUAAUUUAGACACAGCAACACUGAGUCAGACAGAACAUCAUAAAUGUUCUUCCUUGAGCUGCGUCACCCCACAGCAGUCUGUAAUGGACUGGCCUGAGGUCUCGCUACAAACAAGCGGCUACUGGAAGAGAGUAGGUGAGCUGUGUUUAGUCUCUUUCCUAAAGAAAUUAGGCAAAGUUAAAAGGAUGUUUGGUAGCUAGUGCUGCGACUGGGACCCUAUAUGUCCUGUUGAUGAAGUUAGGUGCUGUUCUGAGCAUUAUUUGUGGCGUUUUGGUUGAGGUUUGUUUAUGGCUCCUCAGACCGCUGUGUAUUGCUAUUGUGCGGUUGUUACAAAAGUUGGUAAAACUAGAGAAGCAAGCGGCAACAUUCAUCUCUCUGGGGGGUGUCUAACUCAGUGUGACGGUGAGUUUGACCCUAAAUUAAUUUUACACCGGAACAUCCCUUUAAAAUUCACCUCAUACAGACAUGCGUUAUCUAAACCCAAACCUCUUUUUGAAUCAGACUGUAAACAUGUUAUUUUUGCUCCUUUGAAUGAGUGUGUAUGUGUUUUUUGGUACUUCUGCAGCCAGCCCCUAGUGGACACUAAAUGAACUGCAGUUUUUAACACUUGUGGAUUAACGUCAUUUCUUAAAUUUGGAGGUUUGCUUCUAGGACGACACCCAAAAAUGCAAACAGUAGUUACUCGGCAGGUCGCUAAGGUGCAUCUUCUACUGUUCGCCGAUAUUUGGUCUUUUGUGGUCAUCCUCUGUUGACACGUCAUAAAUGCAGAAACUUAACCUGUCUUAUAGUUCCAGCGUAGGUCCCAGAUGUGCCCUGGUGGUCAGAUUAGAGUCCUGCACCUAAAGUCACAGAAUAAUCGGUUGACUUAAAACUCUGUUUACAUGUAGAUGGGACACCAAACAUGCGUGGACGGGGCCUUAAGAGGAAGAAAGAAACGGCAAACAUGCUAGACUUUGUGUUGGAAGGCUUCAUAGACCCGACCCGGCCUUGAUUGACUGACUUUCUGAUGGGUAAAUCAUGACUGACAUGGGGCUGGUUGAUCCUGAUGCCAAAUCACUGCCAUCACUCUCAGUUUGAUGACUUUAAGUCGAUUUCCAGUCAAGCAGAUUGUAGAUCUGAGAUCGAUCUCAGACUCUUCAUCAUGUCUGGAGUGUUUUUCAGUUUAAGUGUUUGUAAGUCGUCUCUGCAGAGUGAAACUUGUCCUCCUCAGUGAAGAGGAUGAGUUUUAUUUCAGAGGGUUGAAAAUCAGAGGCUUUGUGUCUCAGCGAAGAGCAGAAACAGAUCAGAGUUUGAAAAAGCAUCUCCUUCAUAAACUGCAGCUUCUGUGGAUGAAGCAGCAGCAGCAGCAGCAGCAGAGCCUGGUCUGACUCACUACAUCUCGUUACAUAAGAGUCUGCAGGUUUUUUUUAUUCCAACCAAACAACUUUUAAGUAAAAUCAGCUGCAGGAGGAUUUGGUUUCGACUGAAAUAAGUCUGCAGACUCAUCAGCGGGGUUUUAAAGUGAAAAUAUUUACUGCGACUUUUGGAGUUUAGGAGCUUAAUGUCAUCGGAGCUGAAGUUAGCAGCUCCUUAUAAGUCCUGAGAAGCACACACAGACACAGGUGAACUCAGGCCUCAGGUGUGUGUGUGUGUUCAGAGUUUGGUGCAAUUAGCCCUGAUAAAAGCCCUGUUUUGACUUCAUGUCCACAUGGAAACUGGAUUUUUUAAAGACUGCACAGGUGGUCUUAAUGAUUUGGCCGGUAAGUGCACGCAUUUUAGUUGUCCACAUCCUGCAGCAUAUUUGCCAUGGUGCCUGAGGAUGUUGUCUAAUAUUUUGCGUGGCUGUAAUCAGAUAAAGAAGUGUUAAAGUUGGGCCAUCAGUCAAAGUGCUGUUAGCUGAUAUUUCAGGAACUGAUCUGAUCAGUUAGGAGCAGCAGGGCGAUGGUGUGGCUGAGUUCAGGCGCCCUGUUUGCAGCCCUCAAUGCGCCGGUUACAAGUUCAAUUUUCUGUCUCUGCAUCAGUCUCUCCUUUUUCUUAAGCUGUGCUCAAAAUGAAGGCUCCAAAACUCUCAGGUUCUCCAGUACGCUUCAUCCCAGAUGACGUGCAAAUGAGCUGAAAUUCAGCCCAGUCCUAAAAUCAGUCGUGAAACUCAAAAAUCGUUAUCAGAUUACAGAGUAUCUGCCUGGCCUUUGGUUUGUCUUAGCCCUAAAACAGCCCCCUGAAUCACAAAGUGCAGCAAAAACUGACAUUAAUUGAUCCCUAAUGUUGCAGGUGAACACUGUUUUAGUCAUUUUUUACCUUAUACUUGUGCUUUUACUGAGCUCAACAGGUCAAACACUGAAGAACUCAAACCUUACUGAGUGUAUGAACGUUAUAUAUCCACUCAGAAUAUGUGGUUACACUUGAUAUCAGGCAUGUUAACCAAACAAGUCAAGAUUUGUACCUUUUUCGAAGAACUUAAAGGCCCAAAACUUUUGGAUUUAGCUGAUUGUCGUGGGUGAAAGUGGCUGCAAAAGCAGUAAACAAAAUUAUCUGGAUACAUUUCUUGAAAAGAUGUAAAACUAAACUUAAUUAAGUCACGCAGAAUGAGUUUGGCUUGCUGCACUCCUAGCUGUUUUUGCUCAUUAGAAUCUGUUAAAUCCAAGUUUUUGGCUCUUAUAUUUGAAUAUUUGGACACUGACAGAGCAGCGUGUCUUACUUUCAGUGUUUUUGCAAGAAAUGAAAGAAAAACACUCAGUAGAUUGAUAAUUUGCAGAAACGACACGAGUUUUCUAGAGUCAGUUUGGUUUUAGUUGAUGUGAGGUUUGACUUCUGAUGACACCUGCGAGUUUAAAGUGAGUCACAUCUUUGUGUGCAGACCCUGAAGUCAGUCGGCCUGAUUAGCGGUAUUUGGAUUAUUUCAGAUUCCUGCAGAGAAUACGAUAAAACAGUUCAGUUCACUUUCUUUUUAAAGACGAGGGACAAACACACGUAGUUGACGUUUUGCAUCAGUUUCACUGCCAUUACUCUCAUUUGUGCCGAGUAUAAACUGUGCAUGCAUUGACAGAGUUAAAAAUCACUGGGUUGUGUUUGGAGUCUGUGUGCAGCAGCAGCAGCUGUGUGUCAUCAACCAGUAAAUUAAAGGCCUGUUUCCUAAACUGCUGUUGAACGUGUGAGAAAAAUAAAAAAUAAAAAAUCCCUUUAAUUCACAUUUCAGUCGGAUAAAAAAAAAAAAAAAGAAAAUACGUAGGAAGGUGCUACGUGUUAAACAUGCAGUAGGUCCUAAGGAGCAAAAUAACAAAUUUCACCACUUUUUUUAGAGGAUAAAAUCACGUUAUUAUAGAAAAAAAAAGAACCUCUAUAUUUUUCGUGACUUAAAUUAGUGAUUAAAAAAAUAUCAGGGUAGUCGGUAGUCUUGUGGUUUUGAUUAGUUUGUUCAUAUUUGAGUUUUAGGCCAAAGUUUGAGACGUUUCUGCACCAGAAGGGACCAAAUCAAGUUUUCUAGUUUUUCAUUUCAUCAGAGCAGCUCGACAAAAACGGACAGGACACAGAAAAAUAAAACAAAAAUACAAAAAAUAGACCAUCUCUGGAUUAAAGGUCAUAUGUUUUCAAACUCUUUCAGUAUGUUGUCGUUUCUAAUCUUUGGAUAUGUCUGUUUGGUAUGCAGCAAACAGGAAACACACCCUCCUUUCAAAUUAAAAGUUUGUUUUUUUGUAAUAGAGUUUAUGUUUUUAGUUUACAAGCUUCCAACUGCCGAGAAAUGAUCAAGUGUUUAAUUUACAGACGAUUCAUCUUCGCCGAGCUGCAUAUCAACGAUCUCUCUGUGUGUUCAUUUCAGGCUUUUACAAAAAUGUACAUUAUUUUCAUGUUUCUUAUUUUUUUGACUCCUAAGCCAUCGACGCAGAGUUUCUCAGCCUGAUCAGGUUUUUAUUUUGACUCUGGUUCUGGAUAUUUUCACGAGCAGCAUCUGUCAAACUGCACUUAGUCAUGAAUUAUGAUUUUUAAAGAUGGAAAUAGUGAAACAUGCAGCUUUAACUAAACAAUGCAUGACUAUUUUAUGUCUUAUGAAGCAAUGGAGAAAUUAAAUGAAGUAUGUUUUUUAAAUCUGCAUUUAAAGUGUGAACUGAUUUGAUUCGAUUCAAAGGGAGGUGAACAAACUUUAGAUUCAUGAAUUAUUAAUCUAUUGUAUUAUUUAACCCGCAGGAUUUACCAACAAAUCAAUUCUCAAACUGAAUUUUAUUGGAGUUUUUGAUUGUUUUCAGACAUUAUAAGUCAUUUCAAAACAUGAAAUUGGGCUUUUUUCAAAUCAUGAUGAUGUUUGCAAGAUUGUUUUCCAUUAAUUUACAGUGUAGGGAAGUUAACUUUUUAAUUUUUGUUCCAAAUCCAAGUACAACGGUGAUCAGUUCUUGCAAUGGAUUUCUGUAUACAACAUAAAAAUGGGACAAUGUUUUAAACCCCAAUAUUUCAUUUAACAUCAUGCAAAGACAAUUCGCUCAUUCUAAAUUUGACAGACAGCAGUAACAUGUUUCUAAAAGUUGUUAGAGGAACAACCAAGAGAGAAACCGUGUUAGCUAAGAGCUCAACAGUUUCAGACUAAUGUUCCUGGGUGUAAAAUGUGAAAGAAUAAGUCAAUUUCAUCAUCUACAAAACAUAAUAUCAUCAAAAGGUUCAGAUAAUCUGGAGAAAUCUCUAACCAAUACUGGAUGGUCCUGAUUUUUAGUCCCUCAGGCGGCACAACAUAAAAAAAAACAGACAUGACUCUGUGGUGGAAAUCACUGCAUGAGCUCUAAAUCAUUUCUAAAAACCAUCGACUGUGAUCACAGUUGGUCCCUGCAAACCUGUAACUGUUCUGAAGUCUAGAAAUCACAAUUUGACUUUCCAUGUGAAAAUCAUGGAUGAUACAGCCUCCGCUCUAAAACGAGAAACCAGAUAUAAACAUGAUCCAGAGACUUUCCUGGACCAGAAUCCAUUCAGGACAGACUGAGAGGAAGUGGAAAAGUGUCCUCUGGUCUUAGAAAUCAAAAUUUGAGCUUCUUUUUGGAAAUUAUAAACUUCACAUACAAACUACACAUCCAAUCUUCAAGUCCCGAGACAUGACUCUGAAAUGGGAGUCACCACAUGGAGUCAAAAUCACUCCAAAAUCCAAUCGAAUUCACAAAUGCAGGUUAAAACUGAAACAGGCAAAGAGGAAACAGAUAUAAACAUGAUCCAUAUAUGGUAGUGAUUCAGAUUGAGGGUUUAAAUCAUUAACAAAACAUCAAAUUACAUUUUAUCAACAUAGAGUCUCUAAAGUUUAGGAUCAUAAAUGUGUCAGACUGGUCAUGGUUCUGGUUUAUCUGUCAGGUUUGCUCUGAAUAAAUUUAACAAUGACUACCUAGACACAAAUAGUUUAAUUAUAAUGAAAAACAGAUUCCAGUUUUCAUUUUUUUUCAAGUAAUUAUUCAAAGAUGUAAAACCCUGAGCAGCUAAAAAAGGUGAUUUUUUGUGUUUCCAAGCCGGAAAUCUGAAACCAAAAGUCCAAAAAAACAAAUGUGAACCGCAGACGACAUCACAACAACAGUUGUAAAAGUCAAUUCGGAUGUCUUUGAAACUAUUUUUACGGCUGAAAAAAGUCCCAGAGGAGCUGAGCUCACAAAGAGACGAGGAGCCAAAGUCAAACUAAAAAUAACCGGGCUGAGAGACGCUGCGUUAGUCAGUGUUUCACCAGAGUUCAGAGGAAUGUCUGUGAUUUAAAAAGCCAUGACAUGAUGAUGAUGACGAUGAUGAAGACGAGGAUGAUGAGGAUGAUGAUGUCACUGAGUCUCUGAUUGCUGCAGACGUUCAGCGCUGCUGGUAAAGUGACGGAGGCUGUACCAUACGACCUGAACCUUCAGAUGCAGAUGGAUGAUCUAUUUUUGCUGAGAAACAUGAACAUUCCUCCUCUCUGCAGAUCAAACCCCCGAUUUUCACCUCCUUUAUUUUGGAAUUAUUGGAUUCAGUCUCUGUCCGUGUGUUUCCUCUCGUGCUCGCUCACAGUCACACGCCAAAGUCUCAGAGAUCGUUUCAAAACAAAGCGAUGAGUUUAGUCGUUGACCCUCGCUGGGCUGCGAGAUCCUCCCCGAACCCUGUCAGGUUUUUGAUUUCGACUCUUUCUGGGUUCUUGCUGCAGUAUGAAAUGUUUGUCAUCUGUUGCCGAGGCAUAGUCUGUAACCUAUGCAAGGUUAGUCAACAGUUAAUAUGUCCAUCUGAUCUCAUCAUAUACAACAGUUUCAAUAAAACCUGAAAUAAAGAACAAG